AUGGGAAGCGCGUCGGUGAGUCUAGGAUUCUUCUAUCCUUUGGUCUUGCCAUUUAGCCCCUCUUCGUCGCGAUUCCAGUCCGCACGUGGAAUUUUUAUCAAACCAGAACCAGAAGAACUGCAUGCAGUUCCGUCUUUUGAGUCUACGCGUCACAAUUCGAAAACAUCGACCCUCGCCCCAACCGUCAAGGCCGAACCAAUUGAGGGCACUACAGCCCCAAGCAACAUUACCCUCGACGGUCAACAUAAUCUUUCUUCAGCUCCUGAUGUCAAAAAAUUCAAACGGGAACCAGUGCUGCCACACGAACAAAGGGUGCACGAGCCAAUGUUAUAUGAGCUCCACGACUCUGCCGACAAUAUUUCAUACACCCCUGAAGCUGCUCUUCAAGCAGGUCUGGGUAUGGUAAAGACGCUAAAGGCCGGAAUCAACAAACUCGAGCUUGGCAGCAAGCUUCGAAAGGAUGUUUGGCUGCGUGAAAUUGAUAAUCUCCUUAGUCAAGGUGCUCCUACAACAAUGAUAGCCGUUUGUGGAGCGACUGGGGCCGGAAAGUCUUCGAUACUAAAUGCGAUCUUGGACGAUAAUAUUGUCCCAACAAGUGGUAUGAGAGCAUGCACCGCUGUGGUCACGGAAAUCGCAUAUCAUGCCGCGCCUACCAUCAACGCGGACGUCUCAUUCCUUUCAGAAGCUGAGUGGAGAGCAGAGCUCGCUGUUCUACUCGAUGAUCUUGUGGACGAGGAUGGUAAUUUGAAACGUACUACUGACCUACGGAGUGAUUCGGGUGUUGCUUGGCACAAGGUUCACGCUGUCUAUCCACACAUUGCCCAAGAGCAACUCAUUCACCUGACGGUUGACCAAAUUUUGGCUCGCGAUAAAAAUAUUACUAACGUCUUGGGCACUACGAAGAAAAUAUCGGCGAAGAAUUCGACGAUAUUCGCCCAGGAGAUUGCAAAAUAUAUCGAUUCUAAGGACCAGAAACGAGGUGGCAAGAAGGAUAAGACCAAAGACAAGAACAAAGAGACCAAAAAGAAAGAUCACGGCCCAGCUCUAUGGCCCCUCAUUCGUCAAGUCAAUGUGCGGUGUAACGCCCAGGCUCUUUCCACGGGCGCCAUUUUAGUUGAUUUGCCUGGUGUUGCCGACGCUAACGCAGCAAGGAAUAGCAUCGCAAAGGACUACAUGAAGAAGUGCAACUGCAUCUGGAUUCUGGCACCUAUCACCCGUGCAGUGGAUGACAAGACCGCCAGAGAUCUUCUUGGUGAAGCUUUCAAACUGCAACUGAUGAGUACCUAUGAUGCCCACACGAUCACGUUCAUUGCUAGCAAGUGUGAUGAUAUAUCUUGUUCUGAGGUUAUCCCUGCCUUGGGUAUUGAGGAUGACCCCGAGCUAGAGGAGAUCGAGGGCCGCAUUGAGCAAUACAAAGAGGAGACUGCUGACUUCAAAAAGAAGAAGACUACCGCGGAGUCUUCUAUGAAAGCUAUCGACAAGCAGCUCAAGGACGUUCGAGCUUUUCUAGCAGAGUAUGAGCAACACAAAACGGCAUUGGAGAACGGCGAGACAUUUACACCACGGUUGACCACAACGGCACACAAGAAGGCCCAGAGCGCGGGCAAGAAGCGAAAGAAUACUCGUAGGGGGAAAUCUGGGUCACCUAAGCGCCACAAGCAUUUUGGGGAGGACGACGACGACGACGAUUUUGAGAUGGAUGAUAUUGAUGAUUAUCUCAAUGACGACAUUCAUGUGGACGAUGACGAUGAAGGGUCAUACGAUGAAGAUGACGAUGACGAUGACGAUGACGAUGAAGAGGAAGAGGGCGACUCAGAUGGGGAGGAGGAUACACCGGACGAGUCAGAAGAGAAUGUCACGGUCGAGGUUCUCCAGGAGAAGAUUGGCGACGCCAAAGAAGCUAUUAAAGUUGAACGCGAACAACUCAACAAUGCACGCAAGGCACGCAAGGAUGCCGUAGAUGCCCUCAGCAACCUCAAAAAGAAGACGACGAAAGCGCAGCGCGACAAGAACGCAUUCUGUUCUCUAAAGCGUUCGGAGUUCUCCCGCGAUGUUUUAAAAGAAGAUUUUCGCGUUGGCUUGAAAGAUCUUGACGACGCCGCUGCCGAGGAGCGAAACCCAGACUCUUUUGAUCCGACUCAUAAUCUACGCAAUUAUGAUGACAUCGAUCUUCCUGUGUUCACCUGCUCAUCUCGUGACUACGUCCGCAUCACGGGACAAGUCAAGGGUGACGGGGACCCAUCAUGUUUCUCCAACCUCGAAGAUACUGGGAUUCCUUCCCUACGGCAAUGGUGCCACAAAUUGACCAUCAGUAGCCGGUCACGCGCUGCAAAGCAGUUUCACACUCACUUGAAGACAUUUGCGAACUCAGUGCGGGUUUAUGUCGAUGAUAUUGGUGAUGUGACUAUUGCAGACCGUGAAUCUCUUCGUGAAAAAUGGGAGUCGACACCACAGGGUGGGGAGGGGAUGUAUGACGAUGAAGACGAAGAUGAAGAUGAAGACAUGCCUCAUUGGCAUGGUUCGCCUGAUCCUAUGAGCGUCCAUCUCUUCCAACCAUAUCGAGGUACAAUGUCCAGGGCACUCAUGGAUGCUAGACUCUUCUCGAUGAACAAUCAGUCAUCCCUGAAGGUGGAUGCUCGCGGCGAACCCAUAGGAGUGACUCCUCGGCUUGUGAAAGAAUUUGGUAUACAUGUUGAAAAAAGCGUCUCGGAUUUGCAAGACUUGUUCCGUGAUGGUCUUGAAGAUAAAUGUCGAGUGGGAGCAGCCAAUGCUGCUGAGGAUGCGGUUCAGCACGUUGACGAGUUUGCCGCGUCCAUGCACUGGGCGACUUAUCGAGCCACCCUUCGUCGUCACGGAUCCUGGCGUCGAGAUCUGAAUGUCGAACUUGUCACGCCAUUCACUCGAAACAUUGCUUCUUCUUGGUCGACACUCUUCGAGUCUGAUCUAUUCGCCUCACUAUCGGAUGCCAUCAUGACAUGCAUCAAUAAACUAAUCGCCGAUGUAGAGGCCAGCGCAGCGGCAGGACUAAAAGACCACGUACAUGCACAAAGCUCUGUUUCGCAAGAGGAGGCGCGUCAUGCAUUAGUACAAACCAUGGAGGUUGUGAAGGAAGCGCUAGGAAAGGAGCAGAAGGAGAUAUCACGUUGUCUUGCCCCUCAUGUUCAAAAUGAACUGACGGAUGGCUACAAUCUCGCUUUGCAAGAGCGAGGCAGUGGAAGCGUCGCGCGACAAAAGGCUAUAUUCCAUAACUACGUUGAUGGGCAUAAGCACGAUGCAUUCGAUGGUGGAGCUGAGGUCUUGAUGGGUCGGCUGUCGACUGCGGCUGAGACUAUCGGGAAGGCUCUCAAGGAGUCCCUUCGAGAACUUGCGGAAAAGAUUGAAGUGUCGCUUGCCGUCCUCUGGGAAGGCACACAGGACGUCCCUAAUCAAAUUCACGCUCGAUUGCAAAUUAUGCAGUCUGUAUCCAAGCUGCUCGAUCAGUUGGACAUGUGGUCAAAGGCAGCGGAGAAGGCGUCUGCUGCAUCCUAA